AUGAGCGAAAGACACCAGGCAAAUAUAACCAAUCAGAUGAGUGAGAGACGACAGGUUCAUUUGACCAAUCGGAGGAGUGAGAGACACCAGGCGGCCUCACACACUCAGAUGAAUAAGCAUUUGGCAGCAAAUGUUGAACGUCAAAGAUAUGUCCCAAGCUUUGCUCCAAAAGGCUGGGACCCAACUAACAAGUCAUCAAAGUCCUUACAAGGACCUGCAUCAACUGAAUCUGUAAUUAAUGCUACGUCUAGAUCAGCUACAUUCACUGCGCCCAUUUCAAAGUCAGUCACAGACCAACCAACAAAUAACAAAAGACCAGGGUCUGGUUCUACAUUGGCUGAGAAUCCAGACAAACGGGCAUGUAAUUGGUCAAUGAUUGCUGAACAAUACUCGACAGAAAGUCGUCACUCUGUAAAUCAGGAGCAAAGAUGUGACGCAUUGUACAGACGCUACAACAAAGACGAGCGUCAACAGACGCAUGCCACAAAGCGUCACCAAAAUCAUGACGCAAUGUAUCAGAAGCAUACUGAUGUACAGAGUCACAACCAGACAUUUGAUCAGAUUCUGGCUGAGCAGAUAGCUAGACAGGCUGAACUCAAAAGCAAGAAUCAUAACCAAGCUCCUCAAACUGGCACCAGCGUAAGCGAGGAAAGAAGCACGUGCCAAUCUAUGACAAAAUCUAUACCCACUGUCAACAUGGACGACCUGUUUGGUGGAUUGUCACCUUACAGCUGCUGGAAUCAGUCUGCACCGGAAGACCCGAGGUUUUCUUAACUUUUGGUCCUAGUGCUGCUCAACUUAUCUCAUGCAGUCAUAAUUGCUGAAAUAACCCCUGUGUUACGACAAACAAUUACAACAUCACGAAGAACUGUUCUGAUUCCUUGAGAAGAAAAAAUCUGUGAUAUUCUCAGAGACUUUUACUACCAUGUCUUUCAUUUCAUUGUCUGUGAUAAUGACUUAUUUGAAUAUAUUUCAUGACAAUCACUUUAAGCUAUUUUAUUUUUUUUUAUAU